AUGCCAUCAUCAAUGUUCAUGGUCAUUUCCAGGAGUCUGCCGGUACGUUUUUGGGCUCGAGGAUGUCUAAUACAAAGUGCUGAUUUCGGUGCGCUUGGCCCCGAAGUGACGCGGGGAACCAUGGAGCCUUCUAUGGUGGUGGGAUGUUUGUGGUUCAUUGUGAUUGCCUUCAUGUUCUUCGCGCAGCAUCAUGUCUGUGAUGCCUACUUCGUCCCCGCCAUCAACGUCUUUGUUGGAAAGAUGAAGAAAUCCAGCAACACAUGGCUGCAGCGCUGGGGAGACGAGGCUGUAGCGGGCGCCACCAUUUGUGCCCUGGGGUGCAACGGUCCUGAAAUGUUCACCAACUUGAUUUCCCUGUACACCGGAUCAGAUGCAGGGAUUGGUGUGGUCGUGGGUUCGGAAAUCUUCAACCUGCUGAUCAUCGUGGGUUUAACCAUCUCUGCCGCUCCGGUGGUCCCAUUGGCACUGGAACGGGUGCCCUUCGCCCGCGACUGCUUCUUCUAUGCCCUGUCCAUCGCCUUGCUCUACUGGGCACUGUUGGAUCAUGCCAUUGAAUCCUUUGAGGCCUGGGUUCUCCUGGGUGCGGCCUUGGUCUACGUCUGCUGCGUGUACUUCACCGGGGAUCUCAUCAUCGCCAUCCCGGCGCUGCGCCCCACAACGGUGGCGCUGGAGGAGCCCGCAUCGCCCAGUAAGAAGAAGGGGAAGAUGCACGGCAUCGAGGUGUCUGUUGAGGAGAUUUUGCAUGCGCGCAUGGCGGAUGCGCAUAAAGAUCAGCAGCAGUGGAAUGUGGACCCAACGGCCCAUGGCAUCUAUGCUGAGCCCCAACAAAUUCCCGCAGAGCAGAAGGAAUCGAAGGGUGCGCGACAGUCCAUCGGCUUCCAGUUUGAUGUGAAGGAUAGUAUGUUGGGUGCUGUGCUGAAGUACAAAGACCUACAGGAAGUGGUCUUGAUGGAGAUGGGCGUCAUUAACUUGGAGUUUUAUCACAAUUUGCAGCACAUCACCUUGCGCUUGACGGUGGAAGAUCCCGAUCAGCGCGACCAACUGCUGAACAACAUCAAGGAGUACUCCCUGGGUCGUCCCUGGGUGCACGGCUAUGAUGCCACCAUCGUGGGGGCCUGGCAGCACUUGCGCCACACCUUGGGGGCCACUGAGAUGCCGUUGAUUCAGAAACUCGUGGCGGUCCCCGAGUUCCUGAUCGAUUCUGUGUUGAGACUCACCCUGUUCCCCGUGGACGUGAAGGACAUCACCAAGGAGUCCCGCUGGCCACUGUGCUUCGCGGGUGCCAUGUUUUGGCUGGCCAUCUUUUCCUUCUUCAUGUUGGAGAUCGCCAACCAGAUACACUACAACAUCCCCGCGCUGCCCAACAGCUUUUUAGGCAUCACCGUGUGCGCCAUCGGCACCUCGUUCCCCAACGCCGUGGCAUCGGUGUUGAUGGCGCAGCAGAACAAACCCGCCGCGGCCAUCGCCAACGCCUUGGGCUCCAACGUGCAGAACGUCUUCCUGGCCAUGGCACUACCAUGGGUCAUCUACCAACUUCAGCAUGGUGGCAAACCCAUCAAUCAGAACGUGGCUGGCAUCAACGAGGGAGUCCUUUGGAUGUGUGGAACUUUAAUCCUGGUGAUUUUCUUCGUGUUGCUGCCACCCUUCUGCAAACUCUCCUAUGCCUAUGGCCCGAUCUUAGUAAGCGUUUACGUGGCAUACUUGGUAGUGACGAGUGGUGAGACAUUUGGUUGGUGGCCACCCUUGGUGAAGUAGUGGCCAUCGACUGGUCUGGUGGCGACCAGCGGGGGAGCCCUGUGAGAUCCGGCGGUGGGUCCAAAAUUCCCAACCCACAGCCGAUCCCAUCAUUGUUUCAGUACGGAAAGGUCAAUGGACCAAUCGAUCUGCGCCAAUCGGAAAGACGGAAGAUGCCGCGCUGUUCAGCGAAUGUGACAUACAUGACCCCACAUGCUGAUCUAACGGUGGGGUGGGCUUGGGUCGCCUGUCAGUUUCCGACUUCGCAAAUGGAUGCAAAUGGCAAUACGUCAAGGUUCAUUUUUGUUAUUUUGAAGGGUACAUGAGUAUGUUAUGAUAUGUUAUUUGUCCGAAGCAUUUUAACUCAUAG